CACAAAACUGCACCUGAUAUCACCUUGUGAUUGACAUGACCAGUGACCACUACGACAAAAGGCUUGUGUUUGAGCUACAUCUAUAUAGUUUGAAUUAAUCUAUCUGUAAAAUACAUAUAGUCAAAGUCAACUCUAUAGUAAUUUUCAAAAUAUGUGCCAGACAUGAGGAAUCGAAAUUACGUUUAUCUCCGACCCACGGUGCAGAACAAAAGGAUGAAAAUGAGACGCAGCGGCCCUCCAGGGCCAGACGGCCUCCUGUGUCCCCAGGAGGGCAGAGAGCCUCAGCAGAACCAGCAUCAGCAGCAGCAGCAGCAGCAGCAGCAGCAGUAGCAGCAGGAGCUCGCCUGCUGCCUCUUUGCGGCAACCAGCGGCACGGAGCCAGACCAUCCGAAUGAUGACGUCACCACCACCGUGGACUGCAAAGGCCUCCUGGUGGAGCCGGUGGGAGGGAGGAGCUCACCAAAGAACCCGAGCGAGAGAGGGAUCGCUGCUCCUCAGAAGAUGGUUCUAAUCGGCGGUGUGAUACCAUGUCGCAUCCCGUCUGAUGUUUGACACGCCGGGGACAACUCAGGAAGACACUGGAGGACACUAAACCAUCGCGUCCGUCUCCAGCUCCGCUGGCACUUUUUCUUUUCGAGUCGGACCAACACACACAGCCGUCCAGAUGCAGUUUCGACUGUUCUCCUUUGCCCUUAUCGUGUUGAACUGUAUGGAGUACAGCAGCUGUCAGGCGCCCUCGCAACGCUGGAGGAGGAACAAAAGAGCUAGUAAUGGAGCCUACCCAGUGUGUAAAGGCUGCUCGGUGUGCUCCCGGGACAACGGCUGCGUGAGCUGCCAGCCCAAGCUCUUCCUGUUCCUGCGGAGGGAGCGCAUGAGGCAAUACGGCGAGUGCCUCCACGACUGCCCGUCCGGGUACUACGGCAUGCGCAGCCCUGAGAUCAACAUGUGCUCCAGGUGCAGGAUCGACAACUGCGAGUCCUGUUUCAGCAAAGACUUCUGCACCAAGUGCAAGUCAGGGUUCUACCUACACAAAGGGCACUGCUUUGACAAGUGCCCGGAGGGCUUCGCCCCCAUAGAGGAGACCAUGGAGUGUGGAGAGGGUUGUGAGGUGGGCCAGUGGAGUGAGUGGGGAUCCUGCAGAAGGGGAAACAAAACGUGUGGCUUUAAGUGGGGUCUGGAGACCCGGACGCGGCAUAUCGUGAAGAAGCCGCCCAAGGACACGAUACCCUGUCCCACCAUCGCCGAGUCCAGGAGGUGCAAAAUGGCCCCCAGGCACUGCAGUAGAGGGGGAUCGGGGAAACAACGGACCAAAGAACCAAAGAAGAAGAACACCAAGCAGAAGCUCCGGGUCCGGGCUCAGAACCAGCACAGCGACCACCUGGCCUCAGUGCGCUCCAGCCACCGGGACUGAGCGCCACGCAACGCACAGCCCAACGACACGCUGCUAGCCACCGCCGCCACCGCUGCUCAACACACACACACACGUCCCCAAGGAACAGACUCCGCUCACUCAGAACCCCUCAACUCCACACAGACACACAAACACACACCCAACUGUGCCCACACAACUCCCGCCUGCUCGGUUGUAGGGCGAGGUACGUUCAAACACAUGCACACACAGACACACACAAUCAAUUAGGAAACUCAUA